AUGGACUGUGGUUUGAAGCAUCAGAUGAUUUCUCAUUCAUCUGUUGAGGAUGAAUGCGUGAUGGAUAUGGGAUCUGAAAAUUAUGGCUGCUCGCAUUACCGGAGAAGGUGUAAGAUUAUAGCACCCUGUUGCAAUGAGAUAUUUGAUUGCCGGCACUGCCACAAUGAUGCAAAGAAUUCAAUAGAAGUCGAUCCGCUCGAGCGUCAUGAUAUUCCCCGUCACGAAAUAAAAAGGGUCAUCUGUUCAUUGUGUAACACAGAACAAGAUGUUCAACAAACUUGUAUCAAUUGUGGCACUUGUAUGGGGAAGUACUAUUGCUCAAAUUGCAAAUUCUUUGACGACGAUGUUUCGAAGAAUCAAUAUCACUGUGAUAAAUGUCAAAUCUGCAGAACUGGUGGCAAGGAAAAUUAUUUCCAUUGUGAUAGAUGUGAAUGUUGCUAUUCAAAUUUAUUAAAGGAGUCACAUAUUUGUGUGGAAAGAGCAAUGCACCACAAUUGCCCGGUUUGCUUUGAGUAUCUUUUCGAUACCACAAGAGACAUUACUGUAUUGCCAUGUGGCCACACUAUACAUCUCGAAUGUGUAAAGGAGAUGGAAAGGCAUUUCCAGUAUUCUUGCCCGGUUUGCUCAAAAUCUUACUGUGACAUGACCCAAGUAUGGGAGAAGCUGGAUCAGGAGGUCGCUUCAAUUACCAUGCCUGAAAUGUAUCAAAACAAGAUGGUAUGGAUCCUUUGUAACGACUGUGGAGAAACAUCAGAAGUGAAUUUCCAUCUCGUGGCGCACAAGUGCUUGAAUUGUAACUCCUACAAUACAAGGCAGACAAGAGGAGGCCAUUCUUCAUGUGCUUCGAGAAUAUCAGAAAUGGUUAGAUGA